AUGGUACGUGUGAGAGGGCGUGCAACACGCAAGCCUAUUGCCCGGAAAGUGGCGAACAGUCAGCAAGACAACCAGGUGCAGCUGGGCCUCUACUUGCUUUGGUUGCGCAAUGAGUUGGACAGCGAAGCGGCAUUCCUUGAGAUGCCAUGGACAAUGCUUUUGCUGUUAACCUUUGCUGUCAUUGUCUACAUGCACACGAGACCUGACUUCGUUGUGGUCGUUGAAGGAGGUUGGAAAUCUGCAAUUGAAGAAAGUGCAACAUUUGCCUGGUCGGACCACUUCGGCCACAAGAAUGUUCAUGAUGUGAACUCCCUGGCAGAUUUCUGGUCCUGGCUUCGUUUGGGUCUUUUGCCACUCUUGGUGCAGCACUCUUGGGCUUGGUCCGAAGGCUUGGACGGGGCCUACACCAAGUUGGCUUCUGCCAACUUUAGCGAGAACUUCUCCAUGCAGAACUUGCCGGAACGCUUAGAUUUGGCGUAUGGCCUCUUCGCCGACGAGCCUUGGGGACGUGCCAAGCUGCCCGUGCGAGACGAUGUCCUAAGCUACAACAAGAUCGUGGCCGGCAUCCGCUUGCAGCAAGAAAGAGCAGUGGGAAGUUGGGAGGCCUGCAACAUUCCAGCUAGCAUGCCAGAGGAGCUUUGGAAGGACUGGCUGGGCAAGCCAUGCAUGGUAUCCGAGCCCUCGUACUUUCUCACCCCGGAAGUGCAUGACUCCGAGACUUUCAAUGGUGAGCCCAUGCGCGUGGAGUGGAUGCUGACGGCGCAGCAGGACCUGCAGGAGCUGCAGAUGCUGGCCCUGGACAUGGAGGACGGAUGCUCAGAUUUGACUGGCAAGUCGUUGAUGGCAGGACGACCUGAGGUCCCUGAGGAUUGUUGGUGCCAAUCUUGCCGGGAUGGUGCCCAGGGCCCUGCAGGUAGCUUGAUUCCUGGACCAUGGCUAGAUGAGUACACCAGAAGAGUGGAAGUGAGCACGGUGGCUUACAAUCAGAACUACGGUCUGCUUUCCUUCGUGUCCGUGAACUUCUUCAUCAACAAGGGAGGGCAUGUGUACACACUGUUGGAUGUGCAGUCGGCGCGAAUUGAUCCUUAUGUGGGAUAUCUGCUUUCUGUCUUCAUCAUGGUCCUCUGUGACAUCCUUUGGCUGAUUGGGCUCCUGAAGCUUCUCUUCAACGAGGUGCAGGACAUUGUGAACACGAUCACCGGCUCACAGUCCGUCUGGUGGAAAGCCCUCCUUUUUGAGUACUUUGCAUUCUGGAACGUUGUGGACUGGCUGUCACUGGCUUGUGCUUGGGCAGUGCUCGGGACGUACGUCCGUGCGGGAGUGGAGGUCGGGGAGACAUCCCUACAACUCGAGAGAGUCCUGCAGCCGGACGUUGUAAAUCUGACGAGGACGGAGCUUGCUGCCAGGAGCGAUCUUGUCUUUCAGGCUACUGAGAGCUUGGUUGCAGCAGAGAGGGACUUUCGUACAACACUGCUUUUCUUCCCAAUGCUUGUUAUGUUGCGCUUGUUCAAAUCAUUCCACGCCCAGCCACGACUGGCCUUGGUUACGAAGACGAUAAUCACGGCCAGUCAAGAUUUGCUGCACUUCUUCAUCGUGCUGUUCUCUGUCUACAGCUGCAUGGCCAUCUUCGGAUAUCUUUUAUUUGGACAGGACGUGCAGGAUUUCUCGACUUGGGACCGUGCGUGCAUCACUUGCUUCCGUGCAUUGCUUGGUGAAUGGGACUGGGAAGAGCUGCAAAGUGUUGGCAGGGUGUUGGCGGCGAUCUGGCUGUGGUGUUUCGUGGUUCUUAUUGUGCUGCUGCUCGUGAACAUGGUCCUAGCAAUCUUGAUGGAUGCUUACGGGGUUGUCAAAUCGCAAGCCUCCGUGAUGAUGACAGUCCCCCAGCAAAUUUCGGAAAUGUUGCGGCGGCGACGACUGAACCGGGAUAAGAAAACCGUUCGCCUGAGCGAGAUUUGGUUUGCUUAUCUUGAGCAAUUUCAAUCGAUGAGGGAGAUGUUCGAGAGCGAGGUUCUGGUCAAGCCGGAGGACUUGGUAAAGGUGGUGCCAGGUUUGCCGCUGUCGCAAGCCAAAAGAACGCUGCACAGUGCCCAGCGGCUGUGGAAGGAGACGACGGACGUCCGCUAUGGCAUGGGGAACAUGCGGAUGCAGCUAAAGAUGUGCAGUGGAAGGGUGAAAAUCCUGCAGGAGGAGGUCUCAGCCGUUCGCAUAGCUGUGGAAGAAGCGCGAGAUGCUGCAGGAACCCUGCCAAGCCCCACACACCUAGGUCUGAAAGAGAGCACCCUGAGGAUUGUUGAUGUGUUACGGGACACAGUUGGAAGCCUUCGGUCACAAGUUCAAGGAGUUCUGGAGGAGGAGUGUAACAUCUAUGAGUUGGGCCAUCGCAAUUUGCAAGAUGAGCAACGCACAAUGCGAGUGUGUGCGCAGGAUGCAAAGGCAAAGCUGAAAGUCAUGCUGCAGAGGCUGGAGGGCUUGAGCACCGCCCUCGACGAGCACGCCACGAAGGAGCAAGUGCACUCAGUCUUCGGCUCAACCGCACGCGAUCUGCGUGAUCCAGAGCCAAGCCUGGUGGCCGGCCUGCAGCGGAGCCUGGCAAUUUGCUCUGAACCCACGAGAAGUCAGCUUGUAGCGUAG